GUGGGCACAGGUGGGUGGCACUGGUGGGCACAGGUGGGUGGCACUGGUGGGCACAGGUGGGUGGCACUUCUGGGCACAGGUAGGUGGCACUGCAGAGUGGCACAGGUGGGUGCACUGCUGGGCACAGGUGGGGGCACUGCUGGGAACGGGUGGGCGAGGCUAGUGGGCGCACUGCUGGGCGGAACUUGCGGGUGUCACUGCUGGGCACCGAUCAUCAGGGCACUGAUCAUCAGUGCCCUGAUGAUUGGUGCCGAUCCCCGCUCUGACAACUGCCGGUUCUCGGCAGUACUUUCCUCACGAUCUGACAGCGUGAGGAAAGUGCAGCCGAGAACCGGCACUUGU